UAAUUUGUAAGGCAUUCCAUUUAGACUUAGACUUCAAGGGCAUACCGGCCUAUAUCUCCUCUAUUUGGAAAAUAUUUUUCUUUCAUCUCAUCCCAACCUCUCAUCAUCCUUCCAAGAAAAAUGAAUUUCAGAGCUUAUUCUCAAGCUACUCUAUUUGCAAUUUUUACUGUUUUCAUAUCCACACAACUCAUAAAUCCAAAACAAUCUCUCUUCACAUACCUCACUAAUCAAGGUUUCACCACCUUAUUCUCAUCACCCAUUAUUGUACAACUGAUCAUCCCAUACAACAACAUAAACUGCUAUGGCAGCCACCAUCACCACCACCAUGUUGAACCAGAUAACAAACCAGAUUCUAUCUGCGACGACUUCCCGCCGGACUUCCCUCCACCAGACACUAACACUACCUCAAUCAUUUGUGUUGAUAAGAAUGGUUGUUGCAAUUUUACUACAGUGCAAGCCGCCGUCGAUGCAGCCGGAAAUCUUAGCCAAAAAAGGAUCAUUAUAUGGAUCAACAAUGGCAUAUACUUUGAGAAGGUGAUGGUACCAAAGACCAAACCUAAUAUCACCUUCCAAGGGCAAGGGUUCCAGUCGACCGCGAUUUCAUGGAAUGAUACAGCCAAUUCUUCUCAUGGUACAUUCUAUAGUGGUUCAGUUCAAGUUUUUGCACCCAAUUUUGUGGCAAAGAACAUAAGCUUCAUGAAUGUAGCUCCCAUUCCGGGUCCUGGUGAUGUUGGAGCUCAAGCAGUGGCAAUUAGGAUAGCAGGAGAUAAAGCUGCAUUCUGGGGUUGUGGAUUCUUUGGAGCCCAAGAUACCCUUCAUGAUGAUAAGGGUCGACAUUACUUCAAGGACUGCUACAUCCAAGGAUCCAUUGAUUUCAUUUUUGGCAAUGCAAGGUCACUUUAUGAGAACUGCCAAUUGAUUUCUAUAGCCAACCCAGUACCAGUUGGAGCAAAGAACAUAACUGGAGCUAUUACAGCACAUGGUAGAACUUCCAAGGAUGAGAACACAGGAUUUACAUUUGUCAACUCCUCCAUAGGAGGAACUGGAAGAAUAUGGCUCGGUCGGGCUUGGAGGCCAUUCUCUCGUGUCAUUUUCGCUUACACAACCAUGACAGAUAUCAUCUCCCCUGAAGGUUGGAAUGACUUCAAUGAUGCUACCAGAGAUCAGACUAUCUUCUAUGGAGAGUAUAUGUGCUCAGGUGUUGGAUCUAAUAUGACCAUGAGGGUUCCUUAUGCUCAAAGCCUGAAUGAUACACUAGCUUCUUCUUUUCUUAAUACAACUUUCAUUGAUGGGGACCAAUGGUUGCAACCCUAUGCUUAGGUAUUUUAAUUUUUUCGAAUU